GACCACCUAGCUGCCACGCGAAGGGGACGGGCGGACGCCCGCUUCACCAACACAUGUCGCGCAGGCCCAAGCCAAGCGACCGCGGGCGCUAGACCGGCCAUCAGCACUCGACCACCGGGGCCAGUAGUCAAACAACUUACACCUGAAGAGAUCAAUCGCCGACGUGAGAAAGGUCUGUGUUUCAAGUGCGAAGAAAAAUUCAUGCCAGGUCAUCGAUGCAAGCAGGCUUUUGUUAUAGAGGUUGCCAACUUCGAUGAGGAAGAGACUGAGGUCAAGGAGGAACCGGAGCCAGUGGACGACAUUGAAGCAUUCAACGAGGAAGCUGAAAUCUCGAUGCAUGCAAUGGCUGGGAUCAGAGGGCUAAGGACGAUGAGGCUACCAGCUUGGGUCGAAGACCGUCAAGAGAUAGUACUCGUCGACAACGGGUCAUCACACAACUUUAUAAAUGCCGACUUGUCUUAUAAGCUAAAAUUGCCAACCACGAAGAUUGAGCCCUUUGAAGUUCGAGUAGCCAACGGUGAGAGACUGCAAUGCACCAAAUCUUUUCAUAAGGUACCAAUCAAGUUCCAAGGCAUUAUUGUGGAAGCCGGUCUCUAUGCCCUACCCUUGGUUGGACCAGACAUUGUUCUAGGAGUGCAAUGGCUAGAAGGAUUAGGGAAGGUGAUCACGGACUACCUAUUGGAAUCAUGGAGUUUAGAUAUGGAGGUAAACGAGUCACUCUUAAGGCUGGAGAAGAGAAGGGCGCACGAAGGCAAGAUAAAGCAACAGCAAAGAGACGUGCGCGAGCUUCUCGAGGAAUUUAAAGGAGUACUGGGUGAGCCCAAGGGUCUACCGCCCCACCGGGAGUUCGACCACCGCAUACCUCUAGUCAAUGAGCAGCAUGCUGUACAC